CCCCCGCCCCCUGGCCCGGGCUCCUCUGUCACUUCCUGAUUCCCGCUUCCUGCUUCCCAGAGGCCAGGAUCCGGAGCCGCCCGAGGCCGGUGCCGCAGCCCCCGGCGUCCCCGAUAUGUCCUUCCGCAAAGUGGUUCGGCAGAGCAAAUUCCGGCAUGUGUUUGGACAGCCGGUCAAGAAUGACCAGUGCUAUGAAGAUAUCCGAGUGUCUCGUGUCACCUGGGACAGCACCUUCUGCGCAGUCAAUCCCAGGUUCCUGGCUGUGAUCGUAGAGGCCAGCGGCGGGGGUGCCUUCCUGGUGCUCCCUCUAAGCAAGACGGGCCGCAUCGACAAGGCCUACCCAACGGUGUGUGGACACACAGGACCUGUCCUGGACAUUGAUUGGUGUCCCCACAACGAUGAAGUCAUUGCCAGCGGCUCGGAGGACUGUACAGUCAUGGUGUGGCAGAUCCCCGAGAAUGGGCUCACCUCCCCACUGACAGAGCCAGUGGUGGUGCUGGAGGGACACACCAAGCGAGUGGGCAUUGUCACCUGGCACCCGACUGCCCGCAACGUGCUACUCAGUGCAGGCUGUGACAACGUGGUGCUCAUCUGGAACGUGGGCACUGCAGAGGAACUGUACCGCCUGGACAGCCUGCACCCUGACCUCAUCUACAACGUCAGCUGGAACCGCAAUGGCAGCCUCUUCUGCUCUGCAUGCAAGGACAAGAGUGUGCGCAUCAUCGACCCCCGCCGGGGCACCCUGGUGGCGGAGAGGGAGAAGGCCCAUGAAGGGGCCCGUCCCAUGCGGGCCAUCUUCCUGGCAGAUGGCAAAGUGUUCACCACGGGCUUCAGCCGCAUGAGCGAGCGGCAGCUGGCACUGUGGGACCCGGAAAACUUGGAGGAACCCAUGGCUCUCCAGGAGCUGGACUCUAGCAAUGGGGCCCUGCUGCCCUUCUACGACCCGGAUACCAGUGUGGUCUAUGUCUGCGGCAAGGGUGACUCUAGCAUCCGAUACUUUGAGAUCACAGAUGAGCCCCCCUAUAUCCACUUCCUGAACACAUUCACCAGCAAAGAGCCCCAGAGGGGCAUGGGCAGCAUGCCUAAGAGGGGCUUGGAGGUCAGCAAGUGCGAGAUUGCCCGGUUCUACAAACUGCAUGAGCGCAAGUGUGAGCCCAUUGUCAUGACUGUGCCAAGAAAGUCGGACCUCUUCCAGGACGAUCUGUACCCUGACACAGCCGGGCCUGAGGCAGCCCUGGAGGCAGAAGAAUGGGUGAGCGGGCGGGAUGCCAGCCCCAUCCUCAUCUCCCUGCGGGAGGCCUACGUGCCUAGUAAACAGCGGGACCUGAAGGUCAGCAGGCGCAACGUGUUAUCGGAGAGCCGGCCUGCCGUGGCCCCGAGCUCAGCCCGCCCCGGGGCCUCCACAUCUGCCACCUCCGUCCCGGCUUCCAUCCCCAGCGGUGGCCUCACCGGAGCCGGGGAGGCGCGGAAGCUGGACGAGGUGAUGCAGGAGCUUCGGGCACUGAGGGCGCUGGUCAAGGAGCAGGGGGAGCGCAUUGGUCGCCUGGAGGAGCAGCUGGGCCGCAUGGAGAAUGGGGAUGCGUAGGACCAUAGGCCCAGGGGAUGCUGCUCCCCCUCACUUCCUCUUCAUUCGCUCCCUCCUCACCCAGCCUCUGCUGGCAAGUCACACCGCUUGUUGGCUGCCUCCUGCCCUGGGCCUGUGGGACAGGUUCUGGAGCAGUCCACACCCACCCAUCCCGGGGCUAGAGCCGCAGCCAGGCUCUUGUCAUUGUUACUAGGGAGGAUUUUUGUAUCAAGGCAAGCUUAUACUCUGAGGGACCACCACCUGCCAGCCCUGCUCCCUCCCCAGAGGAAGUGGGAGAAACAAUUUCUAUAUUUUCAUUCCAAAUAAAAUUCUCUUUCUAAAAGUCA